AUGAGACCUAACUUGAGAGGUACAUCGCCGCCUGGACUAAAAGAUUUCGCUUUUGGAUACUCUAAAGACAGUAACUUGGCAAUAAUUUUCGGCGGAACAACGCCGACUGGGAGUAAAUCUGGAGCAACCUAUUUAUUAGAUUUAACUGACAAUACAUGGAAAACACUAUCUGAUUUUGGAUUUCUUAAUCCACAAACUCCGGAAGCAAGAUCAAAUAUGAUUUUUGGAGUUGAUAAGGCUUCAUCUUAUCGAAAUGCAUUUAUUAUUGCUUGUGGUCAGGGACCCGGAGAAGUGCUUUAUAAUGAUAUUUGGGCAUUUGAUUUUAGUUAUAAACAAUGGACAAAAGUUGAAGCGGUUAGUGGUGAAAUACCGCCUUUAAUGUAUGGUAGUAUUGGUGGAAUUGAUACGACGUUAGCGACCCCAUCUCAAACUGUAUUAACAAAUACAUUAUGGUCAAGUCAUGGAACAAAUGGAACUCAUUUUUUUACUGAUCUUUACGCUCUUGUUACAACUGGGAACCUUUCUCCUAAUUUGAAAACUUUAUCAGCUACUUGGUAUAAAGUUCCAGUUGUAAGUGGUUCAGAUAUUCCUGCAGGGCGUUCUUUUGUUGCAGGUACAAUACUACCAAACAAAAGAUUGGCAUUAUAUGGGGGAUGCGACAAACUUGAAGGGAAAUGCGCAACAUCAGAUACUUAUACAUUGAAUUUUGGAAGUAAUUAUACCAAUGGGCAAGUAGAAACCGCAACACCUUUAUGGAGUAAAAAAAAUUCUUGUUUAGGUGCGAGAUCAGGAGCUGCCAUGGUUAUGAAUAGUAAUCCUGCUAUAACAUAUCCAAAUCAAGCAAUAGUUUAUGGUGGAAGUUCAUCUGAUGGAAAAGCUGUUGGGCCAGCUGGUGAAGUUGGUGUUUUUGAUGCCGAUUUGGGAAAUUGGGUUCGUGUUCUUCCGCAAAAAGAUCAGAUUUCGGGAUAUCCACCUCAAAGAAUAGGAGCUCAAAUGGCUCCUAUUCCAUCGGCGAUUGGUGUUCCUGGAUUUGCGGCCACAGAUAUUUUAUUGUUUGGGGGAGAAAGUAUGGAUGGAAAUAAUUUAAAUGAUAUAUGGAUAUUGAGAUUAAAUAAUAAUUCUACUUCGGGAGCUACAGCUAGUGCAGCCAAGUUACCUAUUGAGUUCCUUGAAUGUGUUCCAGAACCUAAAAAUGGUACAGGCGGUACAGUAGUCAAACCUGGUGGCACUACGGGAACUAACACAGGAACAAAUAGUGGUUCAAAUAGCGAUAGUAGUGAUUCCAAUGAUUUCGGCAAAUCAACGACACCGAAAAGCCACGUGACUUUUUCAACAAUUAGUUUUGCAUUUUUACCAUUAGCGGCAUCAGUUAUAAGAUUCGGAUAUGGAUCAAAUCAGAAAUGGGCAAUAGCGGGAUUAUAUACAAUAUUCAUAGUAACUUCAUAUGCAACAGCGUUUUAUGGAUUUGCUAUUGCAUUUCAAGACAAACAAAAACUAUCCGAGCAUUUUAAUACAUCUCAUGGAUUAAUAGGAUUAGUAUUAUUAGUAUUAUUGUAUAUACUUGUACCUUUAAUGGCGAUUAUUUCUUUAUUUGCAAGUAAAAAAUAUGAAUCAGAUUCAUUCGCAAAUGAUGAUUCAAUUAAUGAUAAAGGAGGCGUCGGAUCUAAAUUAACAGAUUUUUUUAAUUGGCGAAAUUCCGAAUCAAAUUCAAAAACGGCUAAAUCAUUUGAAGUUUCUAGACCAGGAAAUCGAUUGGUACCAGGAGGAGAAACUCCAUCCCAAUCGCCUCCGUUAAAAUCUUCGGAUAAUUGGAUGGAAAAAAGAAAGAGCGUUACGAAUCAUUCUUCUCAAGGGUCAAGAAAUAAUAGCUUACAAUUCAUCCCAAAUUCAAGAAGAACAUCACAAAGUACAGCUGUGUCUAGAAGCGGAUUACAAACAUCAACCACAUCGUCUGAUACAUCAACUGCAAUUAUUAUAAGACGAAUUCAUCACAUAUUUGCACAACUUGUUUUAAUUUCAACGGUAAUAUAUAUUGGAAUAUCAUUAAUUAAAACAAGAGUUGUAGACUCUUUAACUUUUUACAUAUUUAUUGGAUUUAUGAUGAUUAUUUAUUUAAUUUGGAUUAUUGCUGCUCGGUACGGAUAUCCAAAAGGUAGAAAUAGCUUACUUGUAUUAUUUAUGCACAAGGUUGCUUGUGGUAAAGGUGAAAUUAAUGAAACGAAACAAUAUGACUUUGAAGAAAAUUACAGAAAUGGCAGAGAUGGUCCAGCACCAUCUUCUAAUAGAAUGAGAAUUGAAGAUGAUGAAAUGGAUGAAGAAGCUGAACAAGCCCAAUUAGAACAAGAUAUGCACAAUAGAGAAGUUGUUGUUAUGACUAUACCUAAAAGAAGAUUAACUGUUGUAAAUGCGUAA